AUGAAAUAUUUUAAAAUAAUAUUUUUAAUUUUUAUUUUAUUAAGCUUUAUAAAUAUUUCAAAAUCUAUAAAAAAUACAAACAAUAAUAAUGAUUUAGAAAAAUAUAAUAUAAAAAUAAAUAGUUAUAAUAGUGAUUCAACAAGUUCAAACGAUGGGUCUUAUGUACCAACAAACAAUUUAUUAAGUGUUUCUGCAUUUGUUACAUUUAGUGGUGGUAAAGUUUUAUGUAAUUCAUCUUCACUUUGCCCAAAAGGAUAUGACUAUGUGGAUCAUUAUGCAUGUUCAUAUGAAAUUUUGCCAGGAAUACCAAGAGGUAAUUGGGAUAAAGGAAUAAAAUAUUUUAGAGAUCCAUUUGAAUUUGGAGAAAAUGUCGAUAUUGAAGCAGUAUCAUUUACAAUUACAGGUACAGUAGGAUGUAGUGGUGAUAAUAUUCAAACAGAGUUGGCAUUUUUAAUUCACGAUUAUCAAAUUGGUGGUAAUACAACUAAUAUCGUUACUGAUUGUUCAUGUGGUACAUGUGUUUUGACCUAUAGUAUAGACCCACAACGAUACAGCGGUUUGGGUUUUAAUAGAACUAAAGAUCCUAAUCACCCAGCUUCAAAUAAAUUCCAAUUACAAGUUUUAAAUAAUGCUACACCCUCCCCAACACCAACUGAAACACCUUCAAUUAGCCCAUCAGUACCACCUACUAAUUCUCCAACUGUUACUCCAUCAGUUACACCCACCGAUACUCCAACAGUCACACCUACUUCAACUCCAAAUAAUAACAAUAAAAAUUUAUCACCCCAAGAAAAGAAAUAUAUAAUAAUGGCUUCAGCAAUUACUGGUGGUCUUUUAAUUAUAAUAUUCACUUUUGUUUUCAUUAGAAAGUGUUUAAAGAAAAGAAAGAAAGCAGAUUAUAUUAGAAUUAAAGAUGGUAAAGAUAUUGACAUUCAUCAAAUUAAAUUAGGUAAACGUAUCGGUAAAGGUAAUUUUGGUGAAGUUUAUCUUGGUACAUGGAGAGGCUCAAAAGUUGCCAUUAAAAAAUUACCAGCCCAUAAUAUCAACGAAAAUGUAUUGAAAGAGUUCCACAGAGAAAUCGAAUUAAUGAAGAAUUUAAGACACCCAAAUGUUAUUCAGUUUUUAGGAUCAUGCACCAUAUCACCCGAUAUUUGUAUUUGUACUGAAUAUAUGGAAAGAGGAUCACUUUAUUCGAUUUUACAUGACCCUUCAAUAAUUAUUUCAUGGGAAUUAGUUAAAAGAAUGAUGACAGAUGCAGCCAAAGGUAUUAUUUAUUUACAUGGUUCAAAUCCAGUAAUUUUACAUCGUGACUUAAAAUCUCACAAUUUAUUGGUUGAAGAAGAUUUCAAAGUUAAAGUAGCAGAUUUUGGUCUUAGCGCAAUCGAACAAAAAGCACACACUAUGACAAGUUGUGGUACACCAAGUUGGACAAGUCCAGAAAUUUUAAGAGGUCAAAGAUACACUGACAAAGCUGAUGUUUACAGUUUUGGUAUUAUUUUAUGGGAAUGUGCAACUAGACAAGAUCCAUAUGCAGGUAUUCCACCAUUCCAAGUUAUUUUUGCAGUUGGUCGUGAAGGUUUAAGACCACCUAUUCCAAAGGUAGGACCACCAAAAUAUAUUCAACUUAUAAUAGAUUGUUUAAAUGAAAAUCCAAAUCACAGACCUUCAAUGGAACAAGUUUUAGAAAGAUUAGAAGAAAUUGAUACUGAUCCUUCAAUUUAUCCAGAUAUUGAAAAAAUUAUAUAA